UUUCUUUCCAAGUGCCUUCUAUAAAUAGAGGUUGUUCCUUGCACAUUCUUCACCAAGUUACCAAGCUAUCUUUUAUAUUUUGUUUUGCAAUUGCAGCUUGAAAAAUAUUUGCAUCGUCAAAAAUGGCUUUCUCCAAGACCUUCCUUCUUCUUGGCCUCGCCUUUGCAGUUGUCCUUCUCAUCUCCUCCGAGGUGACUGCUCGUGAGCUUGCUGAGACCACCCAAGAAACCAACGUGGAGCAGUCUGACCACAAAUUCGGCCACGGACAUGGCCACAGUCACAAACACGGCCACAAACAUCGCCACAAACACCAUGGAGGGCACCCUGCCGAUGAGACAAAGGAGGUCGAAAAUUGAAGCUGGAGGGAACUAGAGAAUCUUUGGUUUCUUACUUGGUCGAAUAAGUUUGUACGUAUGUGUGUGUCAAUAAUAAGUGUUCGAGGAUGUGGACUUUAAUGUAUUACAUAAUAAGGAAAACAUGUAUACAGGUUUUGUCAUGAGAUGUGUUCUCCUAUUUGCAA